AUGAGGGUUCAAGAUUUGGCCGAAGAAUUCACCGCUCACCGUGAUCAAGUUCAUCAGCGAUUGGAUCAAGUGAAUGAAUCGAUUGAAGCACGAUUUGCAGCGAUGGAGGCACAACUUAGAGAAUUUAUGUCUUGGUCAAGACCCCAACAAUUGGAUCUUCAAAUCCGAAUUGUUCUUAUGUCUACAACAGACUCCGGAUCAUCUCAAGGUCCAAAUCGCAGGGUUGAGGACGGUGCUGCAGGGGACUGGUUUCAAUGGAUCUUUAAUUGUGGUACUGUGCAAACGUGGGAGGAGUUCACUAAGGCAGUGAGACAACGUUUCGGUUCGUCACAUUACAGAGAUGUCAGAGGAGUUCUUGCAAAAUUGACCCAAAAUGGUUCCUUGGCGGAUUAUAUGCGAGAAUUUCAAAGAUUCAUGAACCAGGUACAUGAUCUCAGUGAUAAUCUUUUAAUGAUUCUUUUCAUUUCAGGUUUGCAACCUGAUCUUCAGGGAGCAAUUCAGUUGCAUCGGCCCACUAGCUUGCAUCAAGCUAUGCAACUAGCUUUAGCUUAUGAUAGCCAUCAUUCUGAGCUUCGUUCCUCUUUCACCAAUCAUACAAAGAAAUCCUUUCAUCGUCCCCACUCACCCACCAAAACUGAGAAAGCUACCCCUUUAGCUAUUCAAUCAUCCCAAGCACUAGCCUUACCAGCCCCACCUACAUUACCUGUUAGAAAAUUAUCAUCCGAAGAAAUACAAAAGAAAAGAGAACUGGAUAUAUGUUUCACAUGUGAUGAAAAGUGGACAGCUAGACAUAGAUGCAACGCCAAGAUGAUGCUCCUUAUAGGAGAAGUAGAAGACUCGGGUGGACAGCAAGAAGAAGAGAUAGUUCGGGGUUUAGAAGAACCCAAGGGAACCAGAAUUGAUGCAGCUUUGAAUUCUCUGUCGGGGAGUAAUAAUCUGAGAUCAAUACAAUUGCAGGCCAGUAUAUUGAAUCAAGGAGUAAAGGUGUUAGUAGACUCUGGAAGCUCUCACAACUUUAUUAGAAGAAGACUAGCAGAAGAACUUCGGUUGCCUAUGAAAAAGUCUUCUAAAAUGAGAGUUUUUAUAGGAAUGCAUUGGUUAACUCAACUAGGCAAGGUCACCCAUGACUACAAUAAUUUGUCCAUGGAAUUUGUAUGGCUGGGAAUACCAGUAAAAUUGAGUGGUUGUCAGCAACAAGGAAAAGAGUUAUCAACAGAGGGUAUGGAAGGUGAAUGUAAUACUCUUUCACUGCAACCUGUUGAGGAGGCUCAAGCAAAGGAGAUAGCUUAUUUGGGCCAUGUAGUGACUAUUUCUGGUGUUAAAGCUGAUCCAAGGAAGCUAUCAGCAAUAACAGACUGGCCUACCCCUCACUCUAUCAAGCAACUAAGGGCUUUUCUUGGUCUAACAGGAUAUUAUAGGAGAUUUGUACAACAUUAUGCUUCAAUAGCCCAUCCACUAACUGAGCUGUUGAAACAGGAUAGGUUCUCAUGGACUCCUGAAGCUGAUGUAUCUUUUCAGAAGUUGAAGGUAGCCAUGUCCACAACACCUGUGUUGAAUCUUCCAUAUUUUAGCUCUUCUUUUGUCAUUGAAUCGGAUGCAUCAAAGUUUGGAAUAGGGGUUGUAUUAUUACAAAAUGGUAAACCUAUUUCAUUUUUUAGUAAGAAGUUGGGGGUUAAAAUGGCAAUAGCUUCUGCCUAUACUCCUGAACAACAGAAGUGCAUGUCAAAGCUUCUUGGAUAUAGUUUCAGCAUUGAGUAUAAAACAGGACUUUCCAAUGUGGUGGCAGAUUCACUAUCUAGACAACAUGAUGACAUGGUGCACGGUACAGCUCUAGCUUUGAUAUCUGAACCUAAAUUUGACAUUAUUAAUCAGAUUAAGUCAGAAAAUUCUGCAGACCAGGACUUAUUGGCUAUACAUCAGUCAUUGGUGAAAACUUCUACUCAAGCCCCAAUGGGUUUGUUAAAUCCAUUGCCUAUUCCAGAAGCUGUUUUUGAUGAUUUAACCUUGGAUUUUAUUACAGCCUUGCCAAAGUCACAAGGAUUUACCACCAUUUUAGUAGUGGUUGAUAGACUCACGAAAUAUGGACAUUUUGGUCCAUUUCCUGCAUCUUACACAGCUUCAACAGUGGCUCAAUUGUUUUGUAACAUGAUUGUGAAACUUCAUAGGUUUCCAAGGUCCUUUGUUUCAGAUCGUGACCCAAUAUUCUUGAGCAAUUUUUGGAGGAAAUUAUUUCAAUUGAGUGGUACAAAACUCCAUGCAACAUCAGCUUAUCACCCUCAAUCGGAUGGUCAAACUGAGGUGACCAACCGAUAUAUUGAACAGUACCUUAGAGCUUUUUGCUCAGAAAAAAAUCAUGCUUGGUCUUCCUAUCUUUGCUGGGCAGAAUUGCAUUAUAAUACCUCUUUUCACUCUUCAAUUAAUACAUCACCAUUUCAGGCAUUGUAUGGGAGAGCACCAGUGAUGUUACCUAUGUACCCAAGGGGUUUGAUCAAAAUAGAAGCCUUAAACACAUUACUUCAAAAGCGCAAUGAAGUCUUAGCAAGUCUCAAGCUAAACUUGCAACGUGCUCAACAUCGAAUGAAACUUCAAGCAGAUAGGCACCGUUGA